UGUCAGUAUAUGUAUGCAUAGGUGCAAAUGAACAUGACAUAUUGAAUUGCACUUUAAAGGCAGAACUCAUCUGGAUAAAUGUGAGGAAAAAUGCCGAGCCUAUUCUAUUUAACACUGCUUUAUCUGUGGACGACCAAAGACACUGUGUGCUGCAUGGACAUCAAGGUGCCCUUUGAGUUCAGGACUGUUACAUUGGGGGAAUCUCUUGCACUAAAAUGCUAUUAUAACUGCUCUGAUGGAUUUGUUCGGGGCUGUUGGAGCAAAGUGUCCGAUAACUCUGUCUGCCUGGGGGAAAUAAGCCGCAAAUUUUGCACAGUAACUCUUCAUAUGCCCACUGUUUCCACUGAAGAUCUCAAGUACAAUUACACUUGUUACACACGAGCAACAGAUGACCCAUUGCUUCGACAAAAAACACAGCGUGUUGUAGCUCUAUUUGUAAAAGCUCAGACAAGUGCCCAGACUUGGAAAGUUGCCCCAAGUAAUACUCCGGUUCCUGUUCAGCCAAGGGAUUCAAGCGGAGGUCAAUUUACUGAAACUCAAAUGUUGGCAACGUUUUCCCUCGCUGUGGUCAUGGCGAUGAUGGCACUGGUAGUUUAUUUAUGUGUGAACCACAACCGAUGCAGCGGGAAUGGGGAAGAUGAUGAUGGUGAUGGUGAUGUGCCCAGAUCAGGUUCACCAGUGCAUUCCCGAGUUGUUGUCUCACCCGUAAAUGGGUCAUCCCAAAAUGAACAACUGACUUUUAGAGUUUCCUCACCAGACAUUGAGAGUCAAAGUGAGGUUCCAUAUGCCGAAAUCAUGAUUUCAGUCAGAGGUGUCAGUACACCAGAACUCACUCAGGUCAGCUACUUGGCAACAGAAAACUUACAACAGUGGCGAGGCUGCGAAUCGAGGGGUCCCAUGCAGGCCUCGCGCUCAGCUGACAGGCUUCACCUUCCGCAGACCAGGGAGGUCAGCCGCAAGAUGAGUACCAACUCCGAGUACGCAGUCAUCACGUACGCUUGACUUGAGUUCUGAUUAUUCUGUUCCUGCUAUGAGAUGAAUUAAUGGAUGGAUGGAUGGAUACAGAUAUAGUAGAAAGACAGACGGGCGGGCGGAUGGAUAAAUGAAUAGCUGGAGAGAUGGAUGAUAGUUUGUGCAUGUGUGUAUCAGUUACAGUAGGUUUAAAUACAUCUAUACUCUACUAAA